AUGUCCACGCUCAGCACCCAGCCCCUGAAACCCAAGGCCCUGCACCCACCACUGGGGUCCCCGGAGUCCCCAGGCCACCAGCGGCGCCACACGCUGCCCGCCAGUGAGUUCCGCUGCCUCACCCCAGAGGACGCAGCCGGCGUGUUUGAGAUCGAGCGUGAAGCCUUCAUGUCCGUCUCGGGCAGCUGCCCCCUGUACUUGGAUGAGAUCCGGCACUUCCUCACCCUGUGUCCAGAGCUGUCCCUGGGCUGGUUCCAGGAGGGCCGCCUGGUGGCCUUCAUCAUCGGCUCGCUUUGGGACGAGGAGAGGCUCACCCAGGAGUCGCUGACGCUGCACAGGCCCGGGGGCAGCGUGGCCCAUCUGCACGUGCUGGCCGUGCACCGUGCCUGCCGGCAGCAGGGCAAGGGCUCUGUCCUGCUGUGGCGCUACCUGCAGCACCUGGGCGGCCAGCAGGCUGUGCGCCGGGCGGUGCUCAUGUGCGAGGACGCCCUGGUGCCCUUCUACGAGAGGCUCGGCUUCCACGCCGUGGGCCCGUGCGCCGUCACCGUGGGCUCCCUCGCCUUCACUGAGCUCCAGUGCUCCGUGCGGGGCCACGCCUGCCUGCGCAGGAAGAGCGGUUGCUGA